ACCCUACUUCCCUGCGUGUAUGCAAUCCAUACCCACACCGAGAAAACCCCCACCGCGCACGCGAUGUGUUGAUUUCCAGCAAGGGUACGGCACCUCAAAGCAUCCAUCCCAAAGAGAUUAGAAAACGAUGGCGCAAUUUUUAUUUUCACUCGAUUACAAAUUGCUCAAACUCAUCGGAUAACCUGCCGUUCAACUGUUUCUACACCAUUGCGCAAUAUCCUCUAUUUACGCUACUUACUGACUGCUCUUGUAAGACGUAUCGUUCAAAAAAUUUGGGUUGGAUUUGUGUAGCGUGUUGGCCAAUCAGAGUGGAGUUCGGUUGGGAUUGUCGACUGUGCCGACCAGGUUGUGUUGAAUUGAUUUAAGGGCUUUUGAGAAUAUACACUUGGGAUCAUGGUGCACGCAGACGCAUCCGCCUUCGCGGAUGGAAUGAGCAAGAAGGAUGUAUACGCGCAAGUACUGGAGCAAGCGCACGCGCUUUUCGACGGGCAGAGGAAUUGGGUAUGUUGCUGCAACUUCUCAAACACAUCCUCCCUCCUCUGGCACGCCUUCCACUCCCUCCCCGCCCCUUCCAACGCGGUGAAUUGGGCGGGCUUCUACUUCACCUCGCCCACCAAUGCGGCGCAACUCCUUCUCGGACCCUUCCAAGGCCGCGUCGCCUGCCAGGCCAUCGCCUUCGGCCGCGGCGUAUGUGGCACCGCUGCAUCAACCCAGACGACGCAGCUAGUUCGCGACGUGGAAGCGUUCCCGGGGCACAUCGCGUGUGAUGGGCAGAGUCGGAGCGAGAUCGUAGUGCCCGUUGUGCAAGGGGGGAAAGUCGUUGCUAUUAUCGAUGUUGAUUGUGCGGAGCUGGAUGGGUUUACGGAGGAGGAUCAGAGGGCGUUGGAGGAGUUGGCUAAGCUGUUGGCUGAGUCGUGUGAUUUCUGAGGGGAAGGGCCGUGGAGGAACAGGAGGGGGCUCUUGGUUAGUCGGAAUAUCCGGAAUUAAGUAGGCUGCAGCGAGGUCUUGCAACAGCUUGACAACUACAUAUAAACAAACUGUAGGACUUUUACGCCUAACGUGUUGUUUGUAUACGCCUACUAAACAUGUUUGGCUUCGUAGUACUUUCAAUCUUGUUGUGUUGCUGCAAAGAAUAGACCUUGACUCCGGGUAUUUCGACUAACGGAGAGGGGGGGGGGUAAGAAAGGAGUAUGGUAGUACACGUGUGAGUACUUUGCUGAUUGGAAGGCAACGGGAGUUUGUGAGACGGCAACUACGAAGCUGGGCUGUAUAUGGAAAGCAGCAGAAUGUCACG